AUGAUGGGAUCGUCGUCGAACACUACUAAUCAUCGCGAGGAACGCGUUCGCGCGAGGACGAAGAAGAAGAACAACAACAACAACAUAAACAUAAACAUAAACAAGAGGAAGAUGAGUAAAGAAGACGAAGAAGAACCGCGAAAAGUCGAGUUCGUUUUGAAGAGUAACAUAAGUAACAACAACAGAAAGAGAACAACGACAACGACGACGAGAGGGCAACAACAAAUUUCCACGCCUCCCGAAGGGAAGACGACGAUAGAAAAACAACAAAGUAAUACUAGAAAAAGAACGAAACAAAAUCAAAAUCAAAAUCAAAAUCGAACAGCCGAUGUCACGUCAUCGUCGUUUUCCUCUCUUCUCGAAGGAGAAGGAGAAGGAGAAGGAAAAGUCGAAAAUUUUUCGGACCAAAAAAAUCAACUGUUACAGAAACAAUUACAUCAUCAUCAUCAUCAUCAUCAUCGAGAGGUGGACGAGAGGUGCGAUCGAGAACAACAAGAGAAACAGAAAGAAAAGAAGACGAGUAAUAAUAAUAAUAAGAAAGUAGCCGCCACCGCGGGAGGGGGCGAAGAAAAAGUUUCGACGAAGAAAGGUAAAGGAGAAGGCGAGGGGUGUCCGCCAACGACGACGAAAACGACCAACGAGGAAGGGCACUUUGAGUAUACUUUAGGCGAGUCACUCGGACCGAACGAUCGAUUUAAGAUUUUAGCACCGUUAGGCGAGGGAACGUUCGGGAAGGUGUUGGAGUGUUACGAUCGAGUGAAGCAAGAGUACUGCGCGGUGAAAGUGAUCAGGAACGUGCCAAAGUACAAAGCGGCGGCGAAAAUUGAAGUGGACGUUUUGAAAGAGAUUGGGAGAAGAGACGAACGCGACGAGUUUCAUUGCAUCAGAUUGAAAGAGUCGUUCGAGCACGAAGGGCACGCGUGUUUGAUGUUUGACAUGUACGGAUUGUCUUUGUUUGAUUUCAUGAAGAAGAACCACUACAAACCGUUUUCUUUGGCGUUGGUUCAGAAGUUUGCCAAGCAGUUGAUCAAGGCGGUGGCGUUUAUGCACGAGUUGAAAAUGACGCACACGGAUUUGAAACCGGAAAACGUUUUACUGGAAGCUCCCGGGUACGUGCGAGUCGUCAGUGGUGAUGUAAACAACGCCAACAACAACGCGACGAAUAUGGCGACGGCGGCGGCGGUGGCGACAACGACGACGACGACGAGUGCGUGCACAAUCAAGGUGCCGGUUACGAGCGCGAUCAAACUCAUCGAUUUCGGAAGCACGACGUUGGAAGAUCAAUACCAUUCUACGAUCGUGUCGACGAGACACUACCGCGCGCCAGAAAUUAUCCUCGGUACCGGCUGGUCCUAUCCGUGCGACAUGUGGUCGAUCGGAUGCAUAUUGAUAGAACUUUUGACCGGAGACGCGCUCUUCCAAACGCACGAGAACAUGGAGCAUUUGGCGAUGAUGCGCAACGUGUUGGGUCACAUGCACACGGAUGUCAUCAAACGAAGUUCCAAGGAAACUAUCGAGAAAUACUUUAAUUCGGAGACGUUCGAGUUGAGCUGGCCUGAAGGCGCUAAAGAUAUCGAGAGUGAACGCGCCGUACAAGCGGUGCAGCCGUUGGAUAUCAUGAUUCGAGAGCGUUUCGAGUGCGAAGAAACGGGCACCUUACUCCGACACUUGUUGAGUCGACUGUUAGAGUACGAUCCGGACACGCGCAUCACGGCGAAAGAUGCUUUGAACCACGGAUUUUUCCGUUUGGACAUCAAAGAGAACGCGUACACUCCGACGACGGCGUUUGCGAGUAACCAAAUCUCCGUCACGAACGCCGCGAAACCGGCGACUGAUCGAACGGCGUCUUCGGUCGUGCGAAACGUGGGGCCGACGAACAGCAAGGCGAGAUCGCAAACUACCGGCGGGAUUCGAGGCGCGUGUUUGGACAAACCUUCCAUGGCAACUGAAAUCGUCUUGGGGGCUUAA